ACGUAGCAGUAAUAGAAUUUUGUGUUGGUUUUUGUAGUGUGGAGAGAAUGGAGGAGGAGGGUGACAUAUACGAUGGUGCUAGAGCUCAGUUUCCUCUGUCGUUCGGGAAGCAAUCGAAGCCUCAAACGCCUCUGGAAUCCAUCCACAAUGCGACACGUCGUUCAACUUCCACUUCCAAUUCCGAUUCCAAAACCACCAACCAGCUUCCCUCUCUGUCCUCCUCUUCCAGGGAAUGGCUCAAUUCCCUCCGUCCUUCCAAAACCCCUAUCCCACCGCCGCCUACCGAUCACGACGAUGCCCCUCUCGUGGGACCUCCUCCGCCUCCGCCCUCAGCUUCCCACGACGACGACGGGGACGGCGACAUGAUUGGCCCGCCCCCGCCGCCACCGAACGCGUCGGAGUCCGAAGAUGAUUCGGAUGAAGACGAAGUAGGGACCCGCUUCCGGAUUCCCCUUAGUAACGAAAUUGUUCUCAAGGGCCAUACCAAGGUUGUGUCAGCUCUUGCUGUGGAUCAUACGGGAUCAAGAGUGCUUUCUGGAAGCUAUGACUAUACAGUACGAAUGUAUGACUUUCAAGGAAUGAAUGCUCGACUGGAAUCUUUUCGUCAGCUGGAGCCAUUUGAAGGUCAUCAAGUUCGCAAUUUAAGCUGGAGUCCAACUGCUGAUCGCUUUUUGUGCGUCACUGGAUCAGCUCAAGCAAAGAUUUAUGACCGAGAUGGGCUUACUUUGGGAGAGUUUGUGAAGGGAGACAUGUAUAUUCGUGAUUUAAAGAAUACCAAGGGCCACAUAUCUGGAUUGACAUGUGGAGAGUGGCAUCCAAAAACUAAAGAGACCAUUUUAACAUCAUCAGAAGAUGGCUCACUACGCAUAUGGGAUGUUAAUGACUUCAAAAGUCAGAAGCAGGUCAUUAAACCAAAGCUCGCAAGACCUGGAAGAGUUCCUGUAACCACAUGUGCAUGGGAUCGUGAUGGUAAAUGCAUUGCUGGUGGUAUAGGAGAUGGUUCGAUCCAGAUUUGGAAUAUUAAGCCUGGUUGGGGGAGUAGGCCAGAUCUACACAUUGAAAAAGGACAUGAAGAUGAUAUUAGUGGUCUGAAAUUUUCUAGUGAUGGGAGAAUCUUAUUGUCAAGGAGUUUUGAUGGUUCAUUGAAGGUUUGGGAUCUACGCAAAAUAAAGGAACCAUUAAAGGUAUUUGAGGAUCUGCCAAAUCACUAUGGACAAACAAAUAUUGCCUUCAGUCCCGAUGAGCAACUCUUUUUGACUGGAACAUCUGUGGAAAGGGAGAGCUCGACAGGAGGUUUAUUGUGCUUCUUCGAUAGAUUAAACCUUGAGCUUGUUUCAAGAGUUGGCAUAUCAUCCACUUGCAGUGUUGUUCAGUGUUAUUGGCAUCCUAAACUGAAUCAGAUACUUGCAACUACUGGUGAUAAAAGUCAAGGAGGGACUCACGUACUAUAUGAUCCAACCCUAAGUGAGAGAGGAGCUCUUGUAUGUGUUGCACGUGCACCAAGGAAAAAAUCAAUUGAUGACUUUGAGGCAAAACCUGUCAUUCACAAUCCUCACGCUUUACCACUAUUUAGAGAUCAGCCAAGCCGAAAGCGACAGCGAGAGAAAGUGCUGAAGGAUCCAUUGAAGUCCCAUAAACCUGAAUUACCAAUUACAGGUCCUGGAUUUGGUGGACGAGUUGGUACUAGUCAAGGAAGCUUACUGACCCAGUAUCUUCUAAAGAAAGGGGGCAUGAUUAAGGAGACAUGGAUGGAGGAAGAUCCAAGGGAAGCUAUCCUGAAAUAUGCUGAUGCUGCAGCGAAGGAUCCAAAAUUCAUUGCUCCAGCAUACGCAGAAACCCAACCUGAGCCAGUUUUUGCCAAGUCAGAUUCUGAGGAUGAAGAUAAAUGAUUAGUUAUGUAGUUAGUGUAUUACAAGGUUAACACACGAUGGUAGGAAGAGUGUAAUUUAGUUCGUGAGGUGGAGAGCCUACCUUCUCGGACUAAUUCAUGAAAGCGUCUGGAAUGAUGCUUCUGAAAUAGUUAGCUCUCCAAUGCUUUUAGUAAUUUUAUUGGGGAAAGGGGUUUUCAUGUUUGUACAUUAGUCAUUUGUAAACUUGAUUUUUGCAAACUAUUAACAUGCUACACUUACAAAUUAUAGAUAUUAUGAUAUAUUUCUAGUCUUCCA